CAAAUACCAAUACGAGCAUUGAUACUAUCGCAACGACUAUCAGCAAGUCCAAGCGUGUAACCCCUCCAAUUUUCCGACAAUGGUAAAAUUUAUCACCGUUUUCGGUGCUACUGGCAUCCAAGGAGGCUCAGUUAUCAAAGCGAUUCUGGGCGAUGCAACUCUUGCGAAAGAGUACUCCAUUCGAGGCGUGACUCGCGACACGUCCAAACCCAAGGCUCAAGCACUGGCUCAGAAAGGUGUUGAAUUGGUGACGGCGAACAUGGACUCCAAGGACUCGAUCGUCUCUGCGAUCGAGGGUUCUGAUAUCAUCUUCCUUGUGACCAACUACUGGGAGACUGGUGAUCCUGAAGUUGAGAAAGCUCAAGGUAAAACCGUCGCUGAUGCGUCCAAAGCGGCCGGAGUCAAGCAUAUCAUCUUCUCCUCUUUGCUCAAUGUGACGAAAAUUUCCGGCGGCCGGCUCCCACACGUGAAACACUUCGAUGGGAAGGCGGAAAUCGAAGAAUACAUCCGUUCCUCAGGGAUCCCGGCAACUUUUGUUCUGCCAGGUUACUAUAUGUCCAACUACCUGCAGAUGCUUCAGAAGGGAGAUGACGGCUCCUACAGCCUUGCGUAUCCAGUCAGCAAGGAGGCAAAGUUCCCCCUUUUCGAUGCGGCCGAGGACAUGGGCAAAUUUGUGAAGCCCGCUCUGAAGAAGCCAGAAAAAUUCAAUGGCAAACGGAUUCUGGCAGCGACCGACUACUAUCCUGUCGCGCGCAUUCUCGCUGAGUUUGAGGAGGUGACUGGGAAAAAGAUCAACUUCAAUCAAAUUAGCGCGGAUCAGUACAAGAGCUUCCUACCAGACUACAUGGCGCAAGAGAUGCUGGAGAACCACUUGCUGAUCGAGGAGCCAGGAUAUUACAAUGGCACGUCCUUGCAGGAGAGUCUGGAUGCCUUGGAGGACAAACCAACGACUUGGAAGGAGUUUGUGAAGAAAAGUGGUUUUCGAUAGGGUAGAGACUUGCAAUCCCAUUGUUUAAUGAUCUGACAGACUACUGUU